UUACAUCCGGGGAACUGUUGAUAGGGUCAAGCGCCUGCUCACCAAUUAUUUUCGGCUGUUUUGGUCCCUUUGCCGUACAAUCAGUUAUUGAGAGGAAGGGAGCACUGUGAGACUGGCACCUUGUCUGAUGAGAGUGAGGAAGUGAGCACUGUCAGACCGGCACAAUGUCUGAUGAGAAGGGCGACAAGGGUGAGGAGGAGAAAGUGUACGGGGGAUGUGAGGGCCCUGAUGCCAUGUACGUCAAACUUGUUUCCUCUGACGGGCACGAGUUCAUUGUGAAAAGAGACCACGCUUUAACUUCUGGAACGAUUAAGGCUAUGUUAAGUGGGCCAGGACAGUUUGCUGAAAAUGAAACAAAUGAAAUUAACUUCAGAGAAAUACCGUCUCAUGUGCUGCAGAAGGUUUGUAUGUAUUUUACAUACAAAGUCCGAUACACAAACAGUUCAACGGAGAUUCCUGAGUUCCCAAUAGCUGCAGAGAUCGCCCUCGAGCUUCUAAUGGCUGCAAACUUCUUAGACUGCUAAAUUCUGUUGGUGACCGAUCUUAUAGGUGUUUUCUCAUUAGCUCUCCUUGAAUAUGUUAACCUUUUUCAAUUUUCUUGCACUCUGUUAUUAGAUUUUCUAGGUUUGUAAGUCAACAACUUGGUUAAGGGAAUUGCAAAAACAUUUUUUUACAAAUUAAACGAUUCUGUAAUACACUCUCACAUUUCCCCCCCGCUUUCUGCUACAUGUAUGUUGACAACUCUAAACUCUUUUUUUAUUUGAUAUUAUAACUGCAUUUUUAAAGAUGAAAUGACUCAUUGUUUUAUACAUUUCCAUAUAAUUCUAAAAAUAUUGUUAAAAAACUUCUUGUUUGUAAUGUGAACUUUGCAUGAUCAAUUAGGUAAGGCAUCAUUUCAUCCGCAGUAGUAUCUGUUUAGCUUAAACAUACAUAUACUCCAUUUGAAUCUGUGCUUAAUUGCCAUCAUAGUUUACAUUUUUGUAGCCUGUCUGUUCAAUUUUGCACAAAGUGUUGUAAGGACAUUUUUAUUACUUUUCUGCUUUGUCAAUGUCAACGAAGGCAAAUUUGGUGUAUAAUUUUUAUUUUAGAACAAACUGGAUGAAUGCCAACUUGUUUUUACAGCCGUGUGUUGUAUAUGUAACAUUGUUGUGAAAUAAAAUAUAAGCCGGAGAACUGAACUGUAUUUGCAAUUUUUUAAUAUUACUCACCAUAAUUGUUUUGUAAGCAUGACAUUCAUUCAGUAGUUGGUUUAUAUUGCUUCCAUGUUAAAAAACAACAAUACUUUAUAAUUGUGAAGAUAAAAGGGACAUGAAAUUUUUCAUCUUUUUAAUUAAGUUUAUUAUUAGCCAUACAUUUAAUAGCCUGGCAUUAUUUUCCAGUCAGUUGUGAUAACAUUUAUUACUGUCACGACAUGUAUCUCUCAGUUUCAAGUGUAUUGUGUCAAGGUUUACCCUCACCAAAAUAAUAUUCAAUAUAACAGUCAACCAGAUUUGGAAACACUUAACCUGCUUCCUGUCUGAAGUACCCCUUAACCCAUGAAUACACAAUGUAUUGAUUGUUGAAUCAAAAGGAUGCAUACUAAAGAUAAUAAACAAUUAUUUGUUGUUAUUUAACUAGUUCAAUGUUUCAUGUAUUGAAUUUUUUAUUUUGUGUGUGCUGUUCUGUAUCCAUUUUGACCUAAAACUGAACAUGCUCACUUGCAUGGGUUUUGAAAGUUAAAUUAAAGUCACAAAGCGUAAUGGUACCUUGAAAAAGUACACAGCUGCAGCCACUGUUCAGUGAUGAACAAAGUUAACAUUCAUUUAAUGUUGUCAUAUUCCACUAUUGUGUCUUAUGCAUAUGUCUUUGUUUAUUAUUUAACAAUUACAGAUACAGAUUAG